AUGACGGCGCCGCUGCCGCUCCCCCCGCGCUGGCCCGACGGGCUCGUGUGCCGCUGCGAGGACGCCCCGCGUGACAAGGGCCGCCCGCGGGCCGCCAUGGAGGCGCUGGGGCCGUGCCGGGAGAUGCUGCCCCCGCCGCCGGGACUCGGCCCCCCGCCGCCGCCGCAAACGGGAGGCUACGCGGAGCUGGCGCCCACAGAGCCCCCCCGGCAGUGCCCGUCGGCGGCCGCUUCCAGCGCCGCGCUGGGCUACGGUUACCCCUUCGGCAGCAGCUACUACGGCUGCAGGUUGUCCCACUCCCACGGCGUGAACCUGCAGCAGAAAACGUGCUCCUACCACCCGGGGGACAAAUACCCCGAGGCCGCCGGCGGCCCCCUGCCCAGCGAUGAGCUGCCGUCGAGGGCCAAGGAGUUCGCGUUUUACCCGGGUUUUACCGGCUCCUACCAGGCGGUGCCCGGUUAUUUGGACAUGUCCGUGGUGCCUGCGCUCGGCGGCCACCCGGAGCCACGACACGAUGCUUUGCUUCCCAUGGAAGGCUACCAGCACUGGGCUCUUUCCAACGGUUGGGACGGGCAGAUGUACUGCUCCAAAGAGCAAUCGCAAUCUGCGCAUCUCUGGAAAUCACCUUUCCCAGACGUGGUCCCUCUGCAACCCGAAGUGAGCAGCUACCGCAGGGGACGGAAGAAAAGGGUCCCUUACACGAAAAUUCAGCUGAAAGAGCUGGAAAAAGAGUACGCGGCCAGCAAGUUCAUCACCAAAGAGAAGCGGAGGAGGAUUUCUGCCACCACCAACUUGUCCGAGCGACAAGUGACCAUCUGGUUCCAGAACCGGAGGGUCAAGGAGAAGAAGGUAGUGAGCAAAUCCAAGACAGCGCAUCUCCACGCAACUUGA